AUGCCACAGAAAAACUUGUUAUCGUUUUUCUCCAAUACAACAAAUCCAAAGAAACCAUCUCCGGAAAUUUCUCCCGUUAAAGGUCCAUCUGGAUCAGCAUCGAAGCGAAGAAGACUAACUGUGUUGGAUAGUGAUGAGUCGUCUAAUGAGGCAUGUCAGUCAUCCAGUCACUCAUCCAAUUUUGCUCCCCGGAAGUCUCAGAGUAAUUCGCCUCCUGUCAAAACUGAAUUGAACCAGGUGAAAAAGCCGGAAAAUUCAGCACCGGCAUUACUCGGUAAGUCUGAUCCCAUUAUUUUUUAUUAUUUACUACCCAAUUUGCGUCAUUUGCAGCAAAUCAACCUCUUGUGGAUGUAUCGAGCUAUGACCCCUCGAAAGAUCACUAUCAACCUAUUGCAGACGCAUGUUGGUCUCCUAAUUCAAGGUAUUCCUUUGUUUCAUAAUUGCCCAUCAAAUGUUUUCAGCGUUCCCUAUCUGGCAUUAGCCAAGACUUUUGAUUUCAUCGAAAAAAUCACGGGCAGAUUGAAAAUAAUCGAAAUAUUAUGCAACUUCUUCCGAUCUGUUGGACUUCUCUCCCCGUCAGAUCUAUCCACAUGUAUUUAUCUGUGCCUGAAUCAGCUCGGACCUGCCUAUGAAGGUAACGAAUUGGGUGUUGGAGAAACCAUUCUACUGAAGGCAUUAGGCGCCACCACUGGUGUCGGUUUGGAACACUUAAAGGCAACCAUGAAACGCCAAGGUGAUCUUGGGAAAGUCGCGGAAUCACAGACGAAGAAAAUUGAUCGAAUCAGUUCACUCCUCGUGGCGUGUCGCGAAUGUGAGGCGAAAUAUCUGAUUCGCAGUCUAUCCGGCAAGUUGCGUAUCGGAUUAGCCGAGCAAACCGUACUGACCGCACUGGGCCAGGCAGCCUGUUACACUCCGUUCCAUUCGGCUGCAGCAGUGAAAGAAGGUAGCAGUAGGAGCGGAUUGUUGGACGCGUCUACU